AUGAACCAGAGUGGCCUUAUGGGAUCCAACUCUCCAUACAGCCAGACCUUGAAUAGCAAUGCUGGCAUGAUGACUCCGCAAUCAUCCCCGUACAAUAUGAUGAACAGUUCAGCAGGUAAAUUUCACGGUCACUUAGGUCUUGCUGAAAUGAUGACUGGAGAUUCUAAGCUGCCUCCUUCCCUGAAACUCGAUGGUAAAGAAGAUGGGCCUCCUCACCCUGAAACAAAGUCAAAGGAUAGCUACAGUUCACAGGGUAUAUCUCAGCCCCCAACCCCAGGCAACCUGCCAGUCCCUUCCCCAUUGUCCCCAAGCUCCGCUAGCAUCUCCUCCUUUCAUGGAGAUGAAAGUGAUAGCAUUAACAGCCCAGGCUGGCCAAAGACUCCAUCAAGCCCUAAAGCCAAUUCAUCCACUUCUACUGGAGAAAAAAUAACAAAGUUGUAUGAAUUGGGGAGCGAACCUGAACGCAAGAUGUGGGUGGACAGAUACCUGACUUUUAUGGAAGAAAGAGGAACACCAGUUGCAACGUUGCCGGCUGUUGGUAGGAAGCCCCUAGACUUGGUCAGGCUUUACUUCUGUGUCAAAGAGAUUGGCGGUCUGGCUCAGGUUAAUAAGAAUAAGAAAUGGCGAGAGCUAGCGACCAAUCUAAAUGUUGGCACGUCUAGCAGCGCAGCAAGCUCUCUGAAAAAGCAGUAUAUCCAGUACCUGUUUGCCUUUGAAUGCAAGAUAGAGAGAGGGGAGGAGCCACCUCCUGAGAUCUUCAAUCCUGGCGAGUCGAAGAAACAGCCUAAGAUUCAGCCGCCAUCUCCUGCAAACUCUGGAUCUCUCCAAGGGCCUCAUACUCCUCAGUCCACUGGCAGUAAUUCCAUGGCUGAGAUGCCUGGUGAUUUAAAGCCUCCAACUCCCGCGUCAACACCGCAUGGACAGAUGCAGCCAAUGCCAAGUGGCAGAAACAGUUCAGUGAGCGUACAGGAUCCAUUCUCAGAUGAUUCAGGGUUUCCAAAGCGUAAUUCAAUGACUCCAAACGCUCCUUACCAACAAGGGAUGAAUGUGCCAGACAUGAUGGGCCGGAUGCCAUACGAGCCCAACAAAGAUCCAUUUAGCAGCAUGAGAAAGGUGCCUGGAAGCAAUGAAACUUUCAUGGCCCCUGGCCAAAUACCAAACAGCAGCAUGCCAGAGAUGUACAAUCAGACUCCCUCUGGAGUGAUUACCAGUAUGGGUAUGAGUCAGCGCCAGCAAUUUCCAUAUGGACCUGGAAGCUAUGAUAGAAGGCAUGAAACCUAUGGACAGCAGUAUCCUGGGCAAGUUCCCUCUUCAGGACAACCACCCUAUGGAGGGCACCAACCAGGAAUGUACCCACAGCAGCAAAACUUCAAACGCCAUAUGGAUAGUAUGUAUUGUCCUUCGUCAAAGCGCCAUGAGGGAGACAUGUACAGUAUGCAGUAUAGUAGCCAGCAGCAGGAUGUGUACAAUCAAUAUGGCAACACAUACUCUGGACCUGAAAGGAGGCCAAUGCAAGGACAGUAUUCCUUCCCUUACAACAGAGAGAGGAUGCAGGGCCCAGGACAAAUGCAGCAGCAUGGCUUGGGACCUCAAAUGAUGGGUGGACCAGUGCAGUCAUCUUCAGCCGAUGGUACUCAGCAGAAUAUGUGGCCCUCACGCAGUGACAUACCCUAUCAAUACCAAGGAAGACCAGGCCCUGCUGGCACACAACAGCAAGGAACUUAUCCAACUAUGAACCGUACCGAUGAUAUCUUGGGAUCUGACCAAAGAAUGAAUCAUGAGGGUCCUUGGCCAUCUCACGGAAACCAACGGCAGCCUUCCUACAUGUCCCCAUCUGGAUCCAUGCAGCCAAACACUAGGGCUCCGCCUUCAUCUUACCAGACCCCACCUUCAAUGGCAAAUCACAUUUCAAGGGCUUCUAGCCCUGCCUCAUUUCAGCGUUCUCUAGAAAACCGUAUGUCACCAAGCAAAUCUCCUUUCUUGCCAUCUAUGAAAAUGCAGAAAGUUAUGCCCUCAGUUGCAUCAUCUCAGACGUCUGGGAAUUCAUCAUCUAUCGCCAGGCGUGAAAUUACUUUUCCCCCUGGCUCAGUGGAAGCAACUCCGCCAGUCUUGAAGCCAAGGAGAAAAAUUACCUCAAAAGACAUUGUAACACCCGAAGCUUGGAGGGUAAUGAUGUCUUUAAAAUCUGGUCUCUUGGCUGAAAGUACAUGGGCUUUAGACACCAUCAACAUCCUACUAUUUGAUGACAGUACAGUGGCAGCUUUCACCCUAUCUCAGCUACCUGGCUUUUUGGAGCUAUUGGUGGAAUAUUUUAGGAAAUGCCUCAUUGAUAUCUUUGGGAUAUUGAAGGAGUAUGAAGUUGGGACAAAUGUUUGUGAUGUUCUUGAAAAUGACUUAGAUGAUAGUCCAUCUACAGAGGAAGAAGAAGCUGCUAUGGAUUAUGAAGAGGAUACAGAGGAGGAUGAGGUUAUUGAAGAAAAUGAACCUGAUCAGGAUAAUGACAGUGUAUUAGAUGAGAAAGAAAACAUAAAACCAGAUGAAAAAAUCACCCCAUGCAUAAAACCUGAAAUGUUAGUAAGUCAAAGUGAGAAGCCAAAACAAGCAAGUAAGUUUGAUAGACUGCCAAUCAAAGUUGUAAAGAAGAAUGAUCUAUUUGUGAUUGACCGAUCUGACCGACUUGGACAUGUUCAGGAAUUCAAUAGUGGGCUACUUCAUUGGCAGCUCGGUGGAGGUGAUACGACUGAACAUAUUCAGACUCACUUUGAAAGCAAAAUGCAAAUUCUCUUGUACAGGACACCUCAAAGACCAGUCAGUCCUCCAAACAAAAAGAAGAAAGAACAAGACGAUAGAUUUCUACCAGAUAAUGAUGAAGAUCAACAAGAAAAGAGUAUAACUGCAACCAUUGAUGAUGUGCUCUCUGCAAGGCCAGGCGCGCUCCCUGAAGAUUCCAAUAACCCUUGCUUUCAAAUAGAGAGUAACAAACUUUCCUUAGGAAUCCAUCAAGCCAAAAGUCAUAGGAAUAUAACAUUACUGGAAGAUGAACCAAGAAGCCGAGAUGAAGUUCCUUUGUGUACAGUAGCUGCUUGGCAAGACUCUUUGGCCAGGCGUUGCAUUUGUGUGUCAAAUAUUAUUCGUAGUUUGUCUUUUGUGCCUGGGAACGAUGCAGAGAUGUCAAAACAUUCAGGCUUGGUCUUGACUCUUGGGAAAUUAAUUCUCCUCCAUCAUGAGCAUCCAGAGAGAAAACGAACACCACAGACUUAUGAAAAAGAAGAGGAUGUAGAAAAAGGUGCCAGCUGCAGCAAGGAUGAGUGGUGGUGGGACUGUCUCGAGGUACUGAGGGAAAAUACUUUGGUCACACUAGCCAAUAUCUCUGGACAGUUAGACUUGUCUGCUUACACAGAAAGUAUCUGUUUGCCAAUCUUGGAUGGUUUACUACACUGGAUGGUGUGCUCAUCUGCUGAGACACAGGAUCCUUUCCCAACAGUAGGGCCCAAUUCUAUCCUUUCCCCUCAGAGACUUGUGCUUGAAACAUUAUGUAAACUCAGUAUACAGGACAAUAAUGUGGAUCUUAUUUUAGCCACACCUCCUUUCAGUCGCCAAGAAAAAUUCUAUGCGACUCUAGUUAGGUGUGUUGAGGAUCGCAAAAACCCUGUGUGUCGAGAAAUGUCUGUGGCGCUGCUUUCGAACCUUGCUCAGGGGGAUCUAGUGGUAGCAAGGGCCAUAGCUUUGCAAAAAGGAAGCAUUGGAAACUUAAUAAGCUUCUUGGAAGAUGGUGUUACCAUGGCCCAAUAUCAGCAGAAUCAACAUAACCUCAUGCACAUGCAGCCUCCCCAUUUGGAGCCUCCUAGCGUAGACAUGAUGUGUAGGGCGGCUAAGGCUUUAUUGGCCAUGGCCAAAGUGGAAGAGAACCACUCUGAGUUUCUUUUGCACGAAAGCCGUUUAUUGGAUAUCUCUAUAACAGCUGUUCUGAACUCUACAGUUUCCUCAGUCAUUUGUGAUGUACUCUUUCAAAUAGGACAGUUAUGA